AUGUACAAUAGAUUUUAUUUAAUUUUGUGUCUUUGUUCAUAUGCAAAUUGUAUAAAAUUUAGAGGUUCUGUUGGAUUCUUAACCAACGAUUUUUACUUUACCAACGUAGAUGGAGUAAGCCGCAAAUUCGUUAUUUUUGGUGAUCUCCUAAGAGAUCCAAGCGCUGAUCACCCCUUAUUUCGAUACAAGAGUUCUACGCUUCCACCAUAUCCAUACUAUGACGCCCCUAGAAACUUGUUUUUUGAUACUUCAAAGUUAAAUUCUUCCGAAGAGAAUGAAUAUGAAUCACAAACCUGCUCCGAAUACUUAAAGAAUUCAGAGCUCAGAAGGAGAGGAGAACCGGUAGAACAUCAAAACGAUACUCCUAUAGAAGAUGUUAAUCGAACAUUUUGCCCAAAUUAUAGAAAACUCAUACAUUACGGGAAUAUAAAGAAGGAAAUAGGCAAGAUGGAGACAGAUCUCGCUGAGUAUGAUCUAAUAAGACCAGGGAUAGGUCCGUGGCCGAGUUAUGAAGAACUUUGUGAAAAAGGCAUGGAUAUAAAUACCUCAUUGUUCCAAGAAUUUGAUCCAUUUGAUAAGUUGGAGAAACAUUUACAACCUAAACCAACGAUUCGUAAUGAUAUCAAAACUAUUGCGGAGGCUAGAACUGAACAAAAACGUUGGCUAAAAAGGAGUCGUAGCGAUGAAUGGGCACUAACGUAUGAAGAAUUUGCCAGCUUACCUUUGGAAAUGAGAGAGGCAUAUUAUGCAAACCGUUAUCCAGUGAGUGACGAAGAUGAGCGAUUUUGGAUGGUGUUGAACUAUAGAAGAAUUAUAGAGAAUGAUUACUACCACCAGAAAAAUCCACUCGAGUUCAGGUAUAUGGAAGAUAGUUGGACUUAUACUCCAAAAGACAGUCCUGUAUUUCAAGAUUUGAAAAAUUGGGACGAUCCACUGGAUAGCCCUUGGAGACUUCGGGCCGAUGAAGUAAUAAGGGACUGCGUUUCAUUUGGUUGGCCUCCACAGAAAGUUAGGUUGCACACUGGUCUUGAUGUGUAUGAUAUCACUUGGAUGGCUGGAGUUGUGAAAAUCAUAGUUGAAAGAACUCGUGAUGAACUUACUACUAUUUCUGAGGACGAACUAGCACUUAUGGUUAUGAAGCUGGAAAAGAGGUUGGAAGAAAUGGACAAUGAUGAAUAUACUCAAGUUCUCAAGAAUCACACAAUAUUAUUAGAAACUAGAACGUCUAAACAGGCAAUUUUACAAUGUAGGAAAGAUUGGAAUGACCAUAUUGGUGAUAUUGUCACAAUAACCUUCAAUAACAGUGAUGAAAAAGUCACCGGACGUCUCAUGGGAUCAUACAACGCCCUUGGAAUUUGUCUUAAUGUUGCUAAUCUCAAGACAACCUUCCCACUUUCGUUCAUAUAUGAGGUUAGAAGAUUCAUCCUAGGUUCAUAG